AUGCUCCGUGCAAUGGUGCCGUUCCUUCCUUUUGUGGCGCUGGCUGGUGGCCGCCUGUCGACCGGCUUGGGCUCGGCCACUCACGAGCCUGCCUACGCUUCGCCGGCCAAGAAGAACGCAUCGGUGGCGUCGGAGCCCGCGACGCAGGCGGAUCCUAUCCCCGCCACUCCCAUCCCCGAGCCCUCCACCGCUACCACGCCCGCUCCCGCUCCCACUCCCACUCCCGAGCCUGAGCCCACGCGCGGUGCCCUCGUCACCUUGGACUUUGCCCUUGUCGAGACGCCGAUGGAGUCGGGUGAGUCCGCCGCAGUCGAGCGGACCUGGCUGCGUGUCUUUCUUGGUGACAAGGUGCUGCGUGUGGUCGAGCAGAUCGAGGACGCUGAGAACAAGCUCCUGAUGGUCUCCAACGACAUUGUGUACGACUUUGCCGACACAAACGUGUUUGUCUCGGUGUGGGAUACGCCGAAGCACUUGCCGCCAGGUGUGUGGACGGCAGAGGCUCUUGCCACGCCGUCGGCCACCAUGGAGAUGUCGCUGCACGCGCUCAACGCGCUGCGCGACCUCGAGUUCCGCCUCGGUGUGACUCAGUCCAAGAUGUGGGCCGGCCGAUCCCACCUUUUGCCUUCGCGCUUUGACAUGGAAGUGGCGUACGGCAUCGAGGCCCAAGACGAGCUAGCCGACGGCGAGGUCAUGCCAGUCCUCCGCGCUGCGCCGCUCGCCCUCCCGCUCCACUCGCAAGUCCACGGCAUCGAGUACCUGACAGGCUACGUUGGCAACGACGGCGCCGCGCCUGAGGACUGGCAGCGACUGGCGGCGGCGCAGUUUCUCCCGCUCGACGACGCGUCGGCGGUCCUGGACAUCCUCACGCCGCCGCAGCGCGGCGCGCUCUUCAAGUUUCUCCUCUACCACACCCGGCUCCAUCCCAAGGUCUUCCUUCACCUCGAGUCGAUUCAAGAGACGCUCCCGUACUCGCUCGAGUACCACUACCGCCGCGGCGGCGCGCCGGUGGUCGCCAAGCUGCAGUGCGUGGGGGUGCGACUCGGCGGCGAGCCGGCGCUGGUGGCCAAGCCGCGCUCGGCCUUUGCUCCGCUUGCCGACUCGGCCGACGACGACGAUUCGGUCCUCGCCACGCGGGUCCUCGCCCGUGAUGGCGAGCUCGAUGCGCUCCUCCACAACCUGCUCGCCAAUCGGACCGGUCUGCUAGCGCUCUCGGCACCAGACUCGGUCCUCGCCGCCGCCUCCUCGCGUGCCGCCGCCGCCGUCGCCGAGCCUGCCGACAACGCCGACGGCUCCGAGUUUGUGCAGGCGUAUCUCGAGUACCUCGGCGCCAUGCUCGGGCUCGGCGCCGACGUCUCGGCGUCGAUGCACGCGCUCGCUGCCUCGGCCCGGUCGGCGGGCUCGGAGCCGUUUGCCCAGCUCGAGCGCACUUUUGGCCGGCGCAUCUCCGCUGACGAGCGUAGCCUCGAGGCCGACGCCAAGGUUGCCAUCUUUGAGACCGACAUUGUGACCGGCGCCGCGCAGCUCAAGGCGUCGCCGGCGCUGCAGAGCGACUCGCUGGCCAUCACCGCCCUCGCCGGCCUCGACGGCUCGUCAGCCGGCAUGGUCGACGUCAUGACCGGUAUGGCCGCUCUUCAAUGGUCGGCCUACGACCUGGCUAUCGAGUACAUGAAGGCCGGCCUGGCGCAGCACCCGCUGCUGGGUGCGGUGUACAAGGACCUCGGUGUGACGUACUGGUACCGCCAGCACUUCUGGGACGCCUGGGCCUGCUUUGCCGCCCUCCGCCGCCUCACUCCCUCGCACAAUCCAAGCUAGAGGCCGCUGUUGGCCGGCACUACUUUUACAUCGACGCUGCUCCUGCGGGUAACGCCGACGCUGCUACGCCGACUUCUUCUUCUUCGUCCGCUUCCGCUUCCUCUUAACCGAGCUCUUGUCGGGCACGUCGCCGUCUCCGCUCUCGGCCUUCUUGCUCUUCCGCCGCCUGGUCUUGGUCGUGGUCGCGGUCGUUGUGGUCUUCUUGACCUUUUUGCCCUUCUUGGUCUUCUUGGCCUUUUUGGUCUUUUUGGUCUUCUUGACCUUCUUGACCUUCUUGGCCUUGCCCUUGGCCUUCUUCGCCUUGCCCUUGCCCUUGCCCUUGCCCUUGC